CGGAAGUCGAUUGCAUUUCCCAACACCGUUCUUCCUGUUUUUUUUUUUUGCUUUUAGUUUUUUUGCCUUGUCCGUCCCUGCAGUCGACAGUAGCGUUUGAUUCGGGCAAACAAAUCGUCGUCUGGAGGUGGUUCCUUCCACUGGGCGGUCGUUUCUCGUACCAAACGUUAGUCCUAAAGAGACCCGUGGUGAGACCGCCGUCAGUUUCCACUGUGCGUCUGCGGCUCUGCUGUCAUCAGACAGGAAGAUACACGACGAGUGGCGGCUCAACCGAAACAGGAAACUGCUAGCGCGGCGGCGUCACUUGCCUAGGAAUGACUGAAUUCUGGGUUUGUUUUAGUUGCUGCAUUGCGGAGCAGCCACAGCCUAAACGGAGGCGACGAAUCGACCGCUCCAUGAUCGGCGAGCCAACGAACUUCGUCCACACCACACAUGUCGGCUCGGGUGACAUGGGCUUGGGAUUGCCCUCGGUGGACCUGAUCCAGGCCCAAAUGAAGUCAAAAGGCGGCUACGUACACGGUGGCUCUGAAGGCUCACAAUUAUGAGCCCUUCAGUGUGGGGGAAACUACUACAAUUGUUUAUAGGAGGAAGCAGUUCACAGUCCUUCAUGGACACAGGACCAAAAGAUAAAAGUACUGCUUUUCCAUAAUGUUGUAUAUAUUUUUAUUUUUCAUUCCUUUUUUUUUUUAUUUUUACAAAAGCACUGCUAUCCAUUUGCUGCCAUGCUGUUGCACUGUAAAGAGAACCAGUUAAAUGAGUAGAGAGGAGGAACAGGAGGCUUUAUUUAGUACGCUCAUCUCAGUCCGACAUAUGCUUGUGCGGGUGCGGGUGCGGGUGUGGGCGUGUGCGGGCGGGUGUGUGUGUGUGUGUGUGUGUGUGUGUGUGGUGUGUGUGUGUGUGCGCGUGCAUGAGGAAAACUGUCGCUCUUGUAGCUCACAUGAAUGGCUGUAUUUAUUAUCGCAUUUGCAAACGGACCUCAUGGUGGCUGGGCCACGCUGAAGACGUGGAACAUUACGUUUCUGUUUGUUUUUUUUUUUUUUCCUCUGAGGUUAAAAUCCAGGUGGAGGUAGCAUAGCAGGAUAUUGUUUUUUUCUUUUUUUUUUUUUUUUUUUUAAAUUCAGAGAAGUCUCAUGAUCCUCUGAAUCAUCUUCAGGGCUGAAGAUUGCUGUUUUCUACUAAACUUGAAUUGAGUCGCGUACACUGGACCAUAUACCAUGUACACUCCCGCCUGCUUAGGAAUUACGCCUUUUUUUUUAAAUAGCCAUUUAGAUUAAAAACAAUUUUAAUAAACUAUGACUUUCCUUGUCUGUCGUCAUGUUCUUAUUUUUUUAAGCCGAGGCCAUAGUUGUUUGUACUAGAUUCAUAUUUUAAGAUGUUCAAUGUUUUUAAAAUCUUGGAAAUACGUAAAUCUGAUGAACUUGGAAGUAUCCCCACUGCGCACAAGUGAGUGGGUGUGGAACUCUCUCCCACUCUCCCACUAUCGGGACCUACUUGAUGGCUUUUUCUUUUCUCCACCAGAGAUUUUUUUUCUUUUUCUUCCCAACGUUUAAAAAUAUUCUCAGCAGGAUAUUACAAUAAAUCUCCGGACUGAGGGGUGAAGCAGGGGCCAAGGAAGAACAUUUCUGUGUGGAUCCAGGAUAUUUGUUUUUGGUAUUUUUUUAAUGUAUAGAUGUGUAUUACGUUAAAUGAAAACAAAGCACAGCAGAGGGGUUGGUAUCAAUGAACCUGUACACUUAAGUGAUGAUCCAAAUUAGGAUUAUUUUGCGUUUUCUAAUGUUUUCUCUCUACUGAGUGCCAUGGUGCCAUAUUUCCUCAAAUAGUUGCUGAAGAGUGUCUUAUUUACUCAAAUGCAAAUAUUGCUAGGUGUUUAUAUGAAUCUAUUUGUUUAUUAAAUGACCUAAUAUGUGAUGCGUUAUGACAGAUGAUUUUUUUAGAAAUUUUUUUUUUCUUUCUCUUUUUCCAUGAAUUUAAAGAUGUGCAACCUUUGGCCUGCAAGAGUAUUUGAUUCGGCCUGAUGUGCAAUUUUAAAGCUGUCCCUGUUAAAGCUACAAGCAAUGAUGACCAAGUCCAAAGCAAACGUUCGGUUGGACGUGAGUACAGUUCGUCUUUGAUUCACGGCAUAGUUCUGAACCGACAUAACCUAAAUUUGUACUCAAUUCAGAAUACGUCUCAUUAAGCGUUGUGGCCUUAAAAUAAUUUCUUCCCUUUUUGUAUUUUCGUUGUACUUUCUGUGACUUUAGUACAGGGCAACUAUGAAUCUCUUCAGGGUAGGACCUUCACAUAGCAGACUUUUUGUCCUACUUGGACCAUGUGGAGGUCUUUUAUGUUGGCACGGCAAAAUGAUCUGACCAAAUCCCAAUCAUUUCUGGGUUAGGUUAUCAUUUUCGUGGCUCUAAUUAGACUUCCAUCAUAUGAAGAAAUUGACCCUUAAAUGCCCACUAUAAGUUCCAAACGGAAGCCUUUGAGACUAUUUUGGUGGGUCGACUCUUAGUAGACAACUACUUCUUUUCUUUUCAACUUGUCCUGAUAGGGGUCGCCACAGCGUGUCAUCUUUUUCCAUCUAAGCCUGUCUCAUGCAUCAUCUUCUCUAACACCCACUGUCCUCCCUGACAACAUCCAUCAACCUUCACUUUGGUCUUCCUCUCGCUUGUUUGCCUUGCAGCUCCAUCCUCAGCACCCUUCUACCAAUAUACUCACUCUCUCGCCUCUAAACAUGUCCAAACCAUCAUAGUCUGCUCUCUUGAACCUUGUCUCCAAAACAUCCAACUUUGGCUGUCCAACCUGUUCACUCCAAGCGAGAACCUCAACAUCUUCAUUUCUGCCCCCUCCAGUUCUGCUUCCUGUUGUUUCUUUAGCGCCACCGUCUCUAAUCCGUGCAUCAUGGCCGGCCUCACCGCUGUUUUAUCAACUUUGCUCUUCAUCCAAGUGGGGACUCUUCUGUCACAUAGAACACCAGACACCUUCUACCAGCUUUUCCAUCCCGCUUGGACCCAUUUCUUCAGUUCCUUACCACACUCACCAUUGCUCUGUAUUGUUGACCCCAAGGAUUUGAAGUCAUCCACCCUUGCUAUCUCUUCUCCCUGGAGCCUCACUCUUCCCCCUCCACCCCUCUCAUUCAUGCGGAUAUAUUCUGUUUUACUUUGGCUAAUCUUCAUUCCUAUUUCCAGUGCAAUCCUCCAUCUUUCUAAUUAUUCCUCCACCUGAUCCCUACUUUCAGUUUCACAAUAUCAUCUGCGAACAUCAUGGUCCAAGGGGACUCCAGUCUAACCUCCUCUGUCAGCCUAUCCAUUACUACCACAAACAAGAAGGGGCUCAGCGCGGAUCCCUGAUGCAGUCCCACCUCCACCUUUCUGCUACCCUCUUACAUGUCCUAUACUAUUCUAACAUAUUUCUCCGCCACACCAGACUUGCGCAUGCAGUACCACAGUUCCUUUCUUGGUACUCUGUCAUACGCUUUCUCUAGGUCUACAAAGACAUCUGUGUUAAAUUACAAGGUUGCUCAUCCUCGGUAUCACUGGCUUUGGAGUAGACUUUUGGAGAAAAAAAAAAAAAAAUUCAGGCGACUCUGAUGAGGGAAUAUUUGGGGUUUCACUUUGCUGCCAUCCAUAUGGGGUAACAAAUACUCCAUAUUUUGGUUGUUUAGCAUUGUCAGUGUGUCUCAUGUCCUAACGCGCAAAUAAAUAUCACCCUUAUCAGUCUGAAGCUUGAGUUUUUUUUUUUUUUUUUUUUUUUUUAAAUAACUCAAUAUUGGAGCCACUGUUUGAGGAAGUAUGCUAGUUUAGCUGUCAGGCCCAAGCUACUGUAAUGCACGCAGCCUCAUCAUGGACCUACAAUCACAUCCAGCCUCUUACUUUUUGCCAUCUGACUCCUGUACAUUUGCGUCGCGUUGAUUGUCGUAACGUUGCUGCGGGUUCAGUUUCAUUGGCAUGGCCUUAAAAGAGCAGUUUUUGGUAUGAAUGUUGACCAGUGUCCAUAUUCUGUGCACCGUUGCUCACCCAGAUCUGUUCAAUGCAUGCGCUUGUGUGGGUGUGUAUUGCCCGUGGUUGAACACGUGUCUAUCAGAAUGUAAUUGUAUCAUAAAGCCAGCAAAACAUGUUAGUCUGUACCAGGCAAUAUAUAUAAAAAAAAAAAAAAUACAGUGUACCAGCCAGUCUUUUCUCAAUUCUAAGAGAGAGAAAAUUGUCCAGAAAAAAAAUGAAAUCAAAACCUCAAGGUGAUGAUUUAAGAUGAUGCUUUGCAAACUCCCUUUUUAAAAAAAUAAAUAAGUGUUCAAGCUAUGUAACCACAUAUUCCUGUUGAAUGUUUUUCUUGUGCACAUUGAUCUGUGUUUUUCCCCUCACUCUGCUGUAUUAGUGCAUAUAAAAAGUCUACACACCCCUGUUCAAAUGCUAGAUUUGUGACAUAAAAAGAGACUAACCUUUCUGUGACCUGGACACAAAUUUUUAUUUUUGUGACGAAGUAAAAAAUACCAACUGAUAUAUUGUGGUUGCACAGGUGAAGCACACCCUCUUAUAGCUGGGUAUGUAGCUGUGUAGAGAAUUAUAUACACCUGCCAACAUUUAGCUGCUUGUGAUGUAACAAGGCUACAAAAAUGUCAGGAAAAGUCUACUAGAACAUCCAAAUUUUAUUUGGCAUUAAUCAGAGGCACUUUAAAAGUGUUGAACAUACCCAAAUCUGCACUUAUAAGAUGGUGUGUGCACUUCCGCAAUCACAUUCUCACAUAUAGUAUUUUGAUUUCCCCUUUCUGAAAAAAAAAAAAAAAAAAAAAAGACAGGCUUUUUCAAUUGAGUUCUGCAGGUUAUAGGUCAUGUUAAUUGUCAUAAACGUUUUAUUUAUCUUUAUCUUUUUUUUUUAAAAAAAUUACCAUUUUGAACGGGGCUGUUUUAGACGGUUUCUAUCCACAGUGCAAUACAACUUGUGAACAUAAAUGUGUGCUAGAGGACUAGCUGAAUGUCAUUUUUGAAUCCCCUUUUGUUUCAGAACUUGUAUUGUUUCAUCCUUAAAUCAACAAUAAGAAAUAUAGAUUUAUGUUUGAGUUAUAAUAUUGUAUAAAUUUCAGGGUAAGAGCAGUGAUUUUUUUUUUUCCCACCAAAUAAGCACUGUAUGACAUGUUCCUUCCAAAAAGAAAAAAAGUCCAUCCUUUUUCAUUUCUGCAAUGGGAAAUAAUAUCAUGUAUUGAUGUUUUACCAACUGUUUUGUCUGUUUUCAAAUGCAUCAAAUCACUUGAAAAAAAAAUCAAUAGAUAGGUCUGAUGAAUAGUUAGUUCACUUAAAAGCAUUUGUUUUGUUUUAACACACAAAAAACCUUUCAGUAUUUUGCUCCAGUGCAAUUUAAUGGGGGGGGGGGGGGGCAGAAAAAAUGUAAAUGUGAAUGUUGUACCUGUCCAAUUAAAAUAUGUACAUCUGAAUUUUGAAAAUGCAAACUUUGUUGUCAAAAGUAUUUUUUUCUUUUUUUUUUAAUCCCAUUUGAAUAAUUAAAAAUUAUUUUGGGGCAUUAGAAUAUGUAAGUAAAGAAAAGAUGCAGAAAAUUUUAAAAUCUUGAUUGAAAAGCAUGCAUCUUCAAAU